AUGUCACAUACCCUCUUGUACCGUGGCAGCAUGCUCGCCAAUGGUUCAGACCCUAUGUCCCCUCAGCCUACAUACAAUCCCAGCUUUUGCGCUCCUCCUGCAGGUUACAAUAACUAUGGUCCUCCUCCUCCAGUACCAAAUUAUAGUUAUGGAUACUACGGUAAUAACCAUCCAUCAGCGCAGUCUGCUCCACCUGCUCGUGCUUCGUAUCAGUCGCAUGACUAUACUAACUAUUACGCUCCUCAACCUCAACCUCAACCUCAACCUCAGCCUCAACCUCCAUCUAAUUAUGGAUACUCUAACCAAGAGUAUUCAACAAUGCAGCCUGCUCGACGUCCCAAGGCCAAGAAUGGUAAAAAUGGGAAAAGGGGUUCUAGUGGUACAUCUUACAAAGUUUCUGGGAACCGAGUCAGUGGAAACAAAGGAGACCACAAUGGAGUUUUCAACGUUGGCAACACGCAUGGUCGUGGCGGCACGGACGAUGAAGAAGAAGAAGAUUGA